GAGAGGGGAGGGAGCAGAGAGGGUUACCUCAUCAAGAGCUGCUAGUGCACACGGUGCAGGGGAGAAGUUGUGGGAAAGUAAACAGCACAGGAGAAUUCCAAUCUGUUUUCAGCCACUUGCAGCCCUCGCAGGACACCAUAAAGAUGACUGUGCUGGACCCGGCACUGUGGUAAAAACUGAGAGUUUAUGGGAGGUUUCCAGGAUUAAAGGGUCAUCAGGGAGUGCCUGAAGCUUCUCGGAGGACAUACUACUGAGGAGGGAUUAUGUCUACUGUGAUGUCUCAACAGCAGCCGACAAAGGAGGAUGAAGAGGAGGAAGAUGAGGAGCAAGGGGAAGAGUUUUCCUUUGAAGACAGUGCGGAUGAGGGGAAGCUUCAGGGGGACUGUAAAGGGACUGGCUCCGACUCAAAAAAGGACAGUGAAACAUCACACAGUGAACCACUAACAGGCACAGACCGCACACAGCCUCCCAGAACUUCGCCUCCUGCUGGACAGGAGGGUGCUCUCACCAAGGACACAGCUUCAGUUUCUACUGCAGAUGUUCCAGUUAAUGAGUCACCCAGCGGGGCCUCAGCAGCAGCAGCAGCGGCAGCAGCCGAGCCCAGUACCUCAGCUCCUCAUGUGGGAGAGGAGCUCCGGGGGCUUCCUGCGGUGCCGCCAGCUGUGGAGACGCCGACUGAUUCGGGAGACCACAGCAAAGAAAUCGCCAAGAAAAACUCAGUCUCCAGGGACACGUCUGAAGCUUUACGUGUGGCUGAAGCCGAGCCACAGACGGUAGAGGCUUCUGAGGUGAUCUAUGAUGAUGUUCCAAGCGAGGACCCCAUCUCUCCUGAUGAAGAUAUGAUCUACGAAGACGUUCAGAGAGACAGUGGUCCUCCGGAUGCAGACAACGGAUGGAGCUCCAGUGAGUUUGAAAGCUAUGACGAACAGUCUGAUAACGAGGCCAAACAACCAACACGGAGCAAGCUCUCUCCUGAAGUGUGUCGGCUGAGGGAGCGCUGUGCCAGGACCAAACGCGAACUGGCCAUGAGGCUGUCUGGCAAGCACAACUAUGACAUCAAGGUUCAGCAGCUCAUGAAGGCGGCGAGGAGUGGAACGAAAGAUGGGCUCGAAAAAACCAAGAUAGCCGUCAUGCGAAAAGUUUCCUUCCUACAGAGAAAAGAUCAAUUGGAAGAGGAGGAUGAUGCAGGAUACUUGGAUGUAGCUGUGUCAGAAAUGAAGCACCCUCCCCCACAGCUGAGCCCCAUGCCAGAGGGGCUGACCAGCCACCAGGUUGUCAGACGCCAUAUCCUGGGCUCCAUCAUUCAGAGCGAGCGGAGCUACCUGGAGUCUCUCAGGAGAAUUUUGCAGGAAUACCAGAGACCAUUGAUGGAAGCUGAGCCGCGCAUCUUGAGUCCGAGGAAGAUCCGGCCCAUAUUUUUCCGAAUGAGGGAGAUCACACAGUGCCACUCCAUGUUUCAGAUUGCCCUGGCAUCACGUGUGGCUGAGUGGGACAGCAGUGAGAAAAUUGGAGACUUAUUUGUCGCCUCGUUUUCCAAGUCCAUGGUGCUGGAUGUUUACAGCGAUUACGUGAACAACUUCACCAAUGCCAUGGCCCUCAUUAAAAAGGCCUGCAUGUCCAAACCAGCUUUUCUGGAGUUUUUAAAGAAGAAGCAGGCAUCCAGUGUUGACCGGAUAACCCUGUAUGGUCUGAUGGUUAAGCCCAUUCAACGAUUUCCUCAGUUCAUAUUGCUCCUGCAGGACAUGCUUAAGAAUACACCGAAGGGCCACGUGGACCGCCUGCCCCUGCAGCUCGCUCUGACGGAGCUGGAAACUCUGGCUGAGAAGCUGAAUGAACAGAAACGAGUCGCCGACCAGAUUGCAGAGACUCAACAACUGGCCCGCAGCGUCAGUGAUCGCCUGCUCAGUAAGCAACUGAACUCGGAGCAGGGGUCACUGGUCCUUUGUGAGACGCUUAUUGAGACUGUCUACGGCGAGCGGGGACAAGUCCUGAAGUCGAAGGAGAGAAAGGUCUUCCUCUUUGAUGAUGUGCUCAUCUGUGCCAACAUAAAUGUCAAGGGGCCUCCAGAUAUCAGCAGCCUGGUUCCUGUGGGACCCAAGUACACCAUGAAGUGGAGCGCCCCCCUACAGCAGGUGCAGGUAGUGGAGGUGGGGCAGGAAGGAACUCAAAGCAAAGACACCUUCUUCCAGCCGAGCGGGGCCAAGCGGCCAAGUGGUCCCUGCACUUCAGGUAAAGCGAUCCUCGGCCCUCCGCGGCUCUACCAGGAGCUGCAGGAACUGCAACAUGACCUUUCUGUUGUGGAGGAGGUCACUCUCCUUGUGGGCACGCUGCAGGGGAUGUACCAGAACCUGAACACCACUGUGGCCCAGGACUGGUGUCUGGCUCUGCAGAGGCUUAUUCGCAUCAAAGAAGAACAGAUCCAGAGUGCUAACAAAUGUCGCUUACGCCUGCAGGUGCCUGGCAGGCCAGACAAGUCAGGCCGUCCUGUCAGCUUCAUGGUGGUCCUCAACACUCCCAACCCCCUCAGCAAGAUCUCCUGGGUCAACCGUCUGCACUUGGCCAAGAUUGCACAAAGAGAGGAGAAUUCACCCGGCUGGCUGUGUGGAGAGGACGAGGGAAAGACGACGGCCCCGUUCUGGUGUCCGCUGCUCGCCUGUCACAUGCCUGUCUUUGCUACAAAGUCACCAGAGAGAAAGCUUGAAGCUGCCCUCCACAAUCCUGUGCACUGUGCAUUGUUGGGAUUCUCUGCAGCGAGCACCUCCUUACCUCAAGGCUACUUCUGGGUGGCUGGUGGAGAAGGUACGCAUGGGCAGAUCGAGAUAUUUUCCCUCAACAGACCCAUGCCAAGGACUGUAAAGAGCCUGCAGGUAGGCUCUGCUGUUCGAUGUCUGGAAUAUGUGCCAGAACCUUCUCCGACUGAGGAGGUGGAGGCUGGCGUCCACAAGGCCUCCACAGGGAUCGGAGCCAACAUUUGUGUCGGAUUAGAUGAUGGACGUGUGCUGGUCUACGGCAGUGUGGACACUGCAGCACAAUGCCUAUUGACCCUCCACAACCCAGAGGGCUGCCCUGUGCUGUGCCUGAAGCACUCCUCCCGCUUCCUGUUUGCAGGCCUGCGGAACGGGACCAUGAUGGUUUAUGGAAGAAAUAACAAUGAUGACUUUUGGGACCCAGACUCCAGCAGAUGUGUGAGCCUGGGCUCAGAACCGGUGCGGACACUGUUAGUGUUGGAUGACUCAGUGUGGGCAAGCUGCGGGAACUCUGUCACAGUGGUGGACAUCUCCAGCCUUAGCACUCAGAGGUUUGAAGUCCACCCCGACCCGAUGAUCAGCGUGGCACACAUGGCGCGUGCCGGCGGAGGGGUGUGGAUGGCGUUCUCCGAGGGUUCCUCCAUCCGUCUCUUCCAUACUGAAACACUGGAGCUUCUGCAGGAAAUCAACGUCUCGACACGCUCAACGCUGCUGAAAACCGGUCAAAAGAGCGUGCGAGUCACGAGUCUGCUAAUUUGCCAGGGGCUGCUCUGGGUGGGCACGGCCCAAGGCUUAAUUAUCACCCUUCCUGUUCCCAAAUUGGAGGGCAUCCCCAAAAUAACAGGAAAGGGAAUGGUCUCACUAAAUGCCCACUGUGGGCCUGUGGACUUCCUGGUAGCCACCACCAGCUCUCUGUCCCCUGAGCUGCUGAAGAGGGACUCUGUCGGGGACGGCCCGGACUCUGCCUUCGGAGGCGAGGACCGCAGCGACACCUCCUCUCAGGAAUCCCUGCAGCAUUCCUACCAGGGAGAGGGGAGAGGGAAGGGACGCGGUGUGGUGCUGCAGUACAAGCUGCGCUCCACGUCAGGACUGCCUGGACGCCCAUUAACGGCGACGGGCGACGAGGCAUCAGACUCCUCCCUGGAGUCUCUGGAGCACAGCGUGGAAGAUGGAUCUAUCUACGAGCUCAGCGAUGACCCAGAAAUGUGGGUUCGGGGACGUCCUUGUGAGAGGGACGGAGGACGCAGGGACAGGGUGAUCUCUGCAGCCGUUAUCUCUGGAGGCAAAGGCUUCCGUAGGCUGAAGGAAGGAGCAGCAGCAGGUACUAGGACAAGCUGGGAGGGUUUAGAGAAUAAUCUUAUGGUAUGGCAGCUCCCACUGACAGUGUGAUAUGGAAAAUAGAUGGCAAGGUGAUGGGUAUUUAUAGAUGUCUACCCUGCUUAGCCUUCAAUCAACCGCUCCAUAAAUUCAAGGGAUUUGAAUAAACAUGUAUGAUGUGAAGGCGUCGCCAGCGUUAUGGAGGUUGACAUGUUUUGAUUUAGCUGGUGGAAUAAAAGAAGCUAAGACAUGCUGUUUACCAGAGGUACUGUCAGCUCAUAGGACGCUUUGAAUGUUGAGCAUCGUGCGUCAUCAUCUUCCCAGCAGUGGCAGAGGCCGCCACACAUUAGUUCCAUGUGAUUGUUUUUAUCUGGUUCCUCUUCCUGGCUUAGUUAAGACUGAUAUGCCUCAAUUUAACCUCAUCAUUGCGGCGUGCGCUCUGCCACAUUUCUUUUAUGCGGAGGACUUCUGUGCGAGCACCCAUGGACAGCAUGCCUUUGAGAGGCAUUCUUUGUUGAAUCUGCCAUGCUCUGCAGAGUUAAAGAUGGACAUAUUUUAUCUGAUCCUGUGGGAGAGAUCCCAUCUGUUUGGAGCUGAAAGCUGGGGACUUCCACCGCAUCACAAAGCACAUUAGCAUCACUUUAUUAGCUUUGCCAGCCUUUCUCUCAUCCCAUACAAUGUGAAUGUACGAUACCUUCUAUUGUGUCUCAAAAUUGAAUCUGUGCUCUCUUAAGAAAUAGAUUUACUUUUUCCUGUUUUUCUUGCAGCGAAUGAUAUUUGCUUACAGAAAAUGACUUGCUCCUAGAAGCUUACCGAGCCUUUAUUGAGCAGGGUCAUGGUAGCACAGAGUGGCUGCAAAGCUGUUGUAAAAACAACUGAUUUGGAAAACAAAAGUUGUUAUUGCUCAACAUUACAGAGCUUAUAUUUGCACUGAAGAAAUCCUGUAAUAAUACCAGGUUCAUUGUGAGGAAAAAAGAAACUCCUUGGUGCAACAUUUUAGAGUACUAUCUUUGCCCAAGUACUCUAAAUGCCAGAUAUCUGUUUCAUUAUUCACAGUCAUCCAUCAGCUAGAUGAAACAAAUGUGCGCACAGGGUUGUUACACAGCUCACAUUAGCUGGAAACCACCAGCUACACAUCAAAAGCAAAACUCUAUAAACGAAUGAUGAAACAAAAGGGCUGCAGCCACCCGAACUGCUAUCAGCUACGUGUCAACAGAGGGAACCUACUUAAGAGAGACACCAGCAACUGCACAUUCAUUUUCAAUAAUAUACUAUAUGAUUUUGAUUAAAAAUGGUGUUUCGCAAUACAUAGCACAAGUCUGUGUUACAAUUAACUGAUGUAGUAUAUUAUCUCUGAUAUUAGCCAGGACAUCUCGUCCCAUCAACUCUUGUUUUCUUGCUAAUUUUUGGUAAAUAUUUGGAGUUUCAUGCAAAUAUUAAUAUUGUAUGAUCGGGAUGCACGUAAACAACCUGUCAUGCCAGUUUGUUGGAAACCUUACAUCUCCAGUGUUGUUAAAGAUCAUAUCAGUUAAAAGAUUACACGCUCUGUCUUUAACCUGAGAGGAUUAUAAAACCUUUAUAACCACUUUUGAUAAUAUACGAAAGGUAUGAGAAUAACUCAGUCGUACUGUGUGGAAUAUUUAUGAAGUGUUUGCUUCAUAACUUCUCAAUUUAAGUGGAAUUUUGGUAUUUUUCAACCUGGACCUUAUUUCCCCAUGUUUUUAUGACUCGUGGGAAUAACAUUUCUUUUUUAAAUUGCUUCAGUAUCGAGGGAGAGAGCUGCAGCAGCUGUAAAACGAGCUACGAUGUAAUCACAUGGACAGGGUCAAGGUAUGUCCACUAAAAGUGCUUGUUUUUGCCGCUGACAGGCUCAGAUUGUCAUAAGUCUGAUAACGUUAUGGGAGGAAGUUAUAAUGCUGUGCUCUGUGUGUACUGAUGCAGGACUUUCAGAGUCGUCAGAUCGCUGCACUGUUCACACUACACAACCUGCUGCCCUGUAAUCAGGAGUCUCAAAGUCGUUGUGGUUUUCACAAUGCAUGAUGACAGGCUGCAGGGGUCAGGAGGAAUCGACGAUGUGUAUUUAUGGUGAUGAGCGGGUAAAUCCUGCAGGGAGGUGGGUCUACUAGAGCUAGGCGAUAUGGAGCAAAAGUCAUAUCCCGAUAUAUUUAGGCUGAAUAUUGAUAUACGAUAUAUAUCCUGAUAUUUUUAGAGCAAAUGUUCAGUCAAAGCCAAAUACGACAUGUCACAAGUAGUUUUAUUGAAACCGUUUAUUAAAGUCAACAUAAAUACUGUAUAAAAACAGGAGUACCUUUUUUUUUAAAAAAAAUCAAAGCUCCAUAAAGUGCACAUUUAAAUAAAAAAUGAUCUUAAAUAAGAUCUCUUAAAUUAAAAUUAAUUAAAUACCCUAUGAAUUAAAAUAGGCCAAUCUUUUUCUGAAAUAAUUAUAUUUUUUAUGAGAAAAGAAUAACGAACAUUGCAAAAUAACUAAAUAUGAUAAACCCUAAUAAGGGCAGCAUUUAUAUAUAAAGCAGCUUGCUUGGAUCAAGGAUCACAGCUCAAAUUUGAACUAUAUCGAUAUAUGCGCUAUGGUCUAAUUCCAUAUUACAUUUAAAAAUAUAUCUUUUUUUUAUCGAUUCAUCGCCCAGCCCUAGGGCCCACCCUUGAUUCGGACAGGUUUGAACUUUAAACAGUCUGUCCUCCGGUUCGAAGCCCUUUUCUGCAGGUCUUCCACUUCUUGGAAGACUGUAAAGCCGAAGUGUCUAAAAAAUAACUGAAAACAAGAACAAACAAAGAAGUGGCCUUCAGAAUAAAUAACAAGUACUUUUCGAAACAUUGUGUCCAGUAGUCCAACUUCCAACUUCUCUUUCUCCCUUUUUUCCCUCUGAAGCACACACACACACUGCACAGCCUCUUUUAACUCAAACACACACCAUUGCAGUGCUUGAUAUUCCUUGUCUCAACCAGUUUAUUGCACUCUCGUUGGCUGCAGUAACAUGACAGACUCAAAUCUGGAGACUGACUCAAAUCUGGAGACUAACUCAUGCUGGAUAUCGGCAAUGUUUCAGCCCGUCACCUCUCAAAAGUUCACACCGGUAAUUGUCGCUCACAGGAGCAAAAGUCUUGUUAGCUUUUGUCGCUUAGCUCCAAAAUGCAGUACUAAUGUUGUAUAGUGUGACCUCGGCAUAAGUUGAACUAAUAGUAUGAGCCUACCUCUGCUCUGUCUGCAGAUGGCCACUUGGAACAGCAUUUUUCUUUCGGAAAAAGUGCUUUGGUGUAGAAUUUCUUCUCAUCCUUGGCUGGCAGCAAUGGUCUGCAAGGUGCAGUCUGUUAGCAUCCACUUAUAGGACAACUAGCCACAAAUUCAAUCUGUCAGUAUCCAAUACAAGUAGGCUAUGAAAGCUACAAAAAGUGUUGCUGGACAUUUUUUUGGCAAAUUUCGGAAAUGCAAAGAAAGCCAAAGCAUUGUUUUUACUGAAAGUCUUUUACAUGCAGAACUCCUCUCUACAACUCUCUCACUGCUGUCUUUGGGCCAAAAGUUAGCUGUCAUGAGAUUUCAGAACAACACUUCUGCAUCUUUACAUAUUGUUGUCAAACAGUUGCAACAAAACUCUGAGUCUGUCAGUGGCAAAACACUUUGUUGUUGUUUUUGUCCACUUUUACUGGACUUGUGGACUUGAGUGUGUGCAGCAUCCCCAUGUGAUUACAUUGUAACCCUUUUUUUGUCAUUUACAGCAGCUGGCUGAAGCCGAACACUCUCAAUACUGAACCAGUUUCAAAAUUGUUAUUCCCAUGAGUCACAGAGACACAAAAACAUGGGAAAAUAGGGUUGAAAAAUAAAGAAAUUCUCCUUUAAAACUUAUGGGAGCAUUGGCAGACUGGCAAACAUGGACUAUUGACAUUGGCGUCUAUCUUGCAGACAAAACCUAGAAGUAUAUCCUUUCCAGUAAAUAAUUUCCACAGUAUACGAGUCAGUGAAGGCUGUGCUAUCCAAGUAUGAACAUAGAUUUGUGGAUUUUCAAUAAACCAAGUGAUGGUGAAGGUUAUGGUUUAUCAUUUCCCUCCACCUCCAUCUCUACUUAGCCCUUCCUCUACACAUGGAAUAUCAUCUUAUCCUUUCAUCACAGAUGAGGCGUAAAGUUCAUGUUUUGUAUUUCCCUGAGGCACGUUGGGUUUAUUUUCCUCUUUUCUUCUCCUCCGCACAACCGAAGUUCAAAAGCAUUUAAGCAUCCUGCUGUCAGCCGGAAUCAUUCAAAAAAAUAUGACGAAGUUAAAAGUCCUUGGAUGCUGUCAUCUAAAUGUAAAUCUCAAUGUCAAGUCAAGAAUGUAUACUCUUAAUUCAUGUGCCAUUUAAUGCUGCUGGAGCCCUAAUGCCCACUGUAGAGGUUACCUGGUCGACCUGAACCAGAGGAGGAGUGUGUUUCUGCUCAUGUAGCCACAUGAAAUAGAUUCGUCAUCACAAGCUUAUUCGCUAAGAUUCAGUCUCAAAAGUAUCGUGCCCUUUGAUGGACAUUUCAUUUGCUUACACUACAUGUGUACAGGUAUUAUCCAUGCACUGAAUAUUAAUACUUAUGAAUGAACGUACUGUACUACUAAUUAAAACUGUUACUGUACUAAUUAAACCUGUAUUUCCCUGUGUAAAGAGGACUCUGUAACAGUGUUGAUGUUUUAGAUGACUGUAGACCACACAGUUUAUGCAAUUUAUUUUCCUGUGAUGUCAAAGGCACAUGUUCUCACUCUAACCAAGUCAAAUACGGCAGCUUGGUCAGUGGCCGUACGCUUCAAACUGUGACGCUCUAUGUACCCCUCUAAUAUCAGUUUUGCACGUCACUUUCUGCUUGUUACAUGCUUUUGCAAGCUACUUGGAAAGGUUUAGGCAACAAAACUACUUGAUUAGGUUCAGGGAAAGAUCAUCUUUGGUUUGAUUUUGGUUAAAAUAGGUGUAUUUGUACUGUAUGUAAAAAAAAAAAGUUAAAGGUAGACUCUACAGGUUUUUAAUAAAACAGUCUUAUAUAGCCUUAUACAAAACAAUCUGUCUCUACUCAGUGUGUUUGGCGGUGUCAAUAUCUACAGAGACUCUGCACUCUGCCUGUAUUUUCUUUAUCUUUUAAUUUCGCUGUGUUCGGGACAUUUCUGGGUGUCACCCUUUGGGCAUAAAGCUACAAAAAUAGCGGCCACAGUGCCAAAAAAAUGCAAAUAUAGCAAGGCAAAACAGCAAGUAAAAAAAGCUCAUUCCUUAGUCAUUUUGGGCUUUGCUUUCUCUGUCGCUGACGCCAAAUUUGAAUAAUGUUUCUGCAUAAUAUGCCUUUAAAAUAACUCAUAAUUUACUUUGGUUUGACACUGGACACAAACACAGGUCUCCUGAUCAAAUCCUUGCUACAUGGUGGACUUUGUCACUCUUUAUACCACAUCACUUGACUUUGUCCUUUACUCCUAGCAUAACUACAACCCGAUAGAGCAUCAUGUUAAAGGCCACUGACCAGCUGCCCUAUUUGACAUCAGGGUAGUGAGAAUGGUCUGUUUGAAGGAGACAUCCUGUUUAUUACAAACUGGGUCUUAUUUUUUAGAUUUGGCCAUUAUUUAUGAUAAAACGAAGAGUAAAAUGGUGUUUUUUUCUAAGUUGUCUGUUGUAAACAUCUGUCAAGUUUACAGACCAUCUUCCAAGCUCCACUCUGACCGACCAUAAUGUGGUUUUCCUGUGCAAUGAAGCGUUAUGACUGACAUGCUGGGUGCAUUGACCUUUAAUUGAACCACAUGUUGUACAACUGUUGCCGUGUUUUUCCACCUGUGUGAUCAUCCGACUGCUUGUUUCUUGACCUGUCGGACUUUGUUGCAGUGACAACUAACCGACUACUUUGGUGAGUACAAUAUUACAAUAGCUGAUUGAAAUGAUGGCCAAACCUACAAAAGUAAGGUCACAAAAAACAAGUCAUAAACUGGAGUGAUCUUUUAAGCAAAAGUAUUACAUUUAAUGCUGUCACAGGCAUGUGGAGGACUCAUUUCUCUUUGGUACAAUACUUUAAUGUCAUGUCUAAACAUUGUUAACAAGCAUAUGCUAAAUUAAAAACAUAAUUAAACUUGA